AUGGCCAUCACUAGGAUCCAGCCGCUCUCUGCUCACCUGCAACCUUGUGCUGCUCCGAGCGAUCCGGCCGAGAAGCAGGUUUACACGGUGUGGAUGAAAUCGCUGGUGUUCAACGGCCACGGGUGCACGAUCUACGGCCAGGACGGACGCGUCGCCUACCGUGUCGACAACUACGCCUGCAGCCGCAGCCGCGAGGUGUACGUGAUGGACAGUGACGGGAAGACGCUGAUCAAGCUGCUCAAGAAGAAUUUUGGGGUGUUCAAGACAUGGAAGGGCUACUCUUAUCGCCAUGGCCCUGCAGGCCUGGAACAGGAGAACUCCAAGCCAUGGUUCAGCGUUCAGAAGGCUCAUCGGAUUCUGAAGAAGGGAAGGCAGUACAGUAGCAGAGCUGUAGUGACAGUUUGUAUGAGUGGGAAGGUUUACAAGAUCGACGGCGUGUCACACAAAUCGGAAUACAGAAUCACCGCCGCAGAUGGCGAGGUCGUGGCGGAGACGAAGAGGAAGAAGACGGCCUCAGGGGUGGUGCUGGGCGAGGACGUCCUGAGCCUGACAGUGGGCCCUGCGGCGGAUCGCCUGCUUGUUGUCGGUCUUGUGGUCUUGUGUGGCCUCCCCAACCGCUGCAUCUGA